CGAAAUUUAGCGCGGAUUUUAAAAAUAAAAGUCACAAUCAAUGAAGGAAACAGCUGAUCUCUGUAUGAUUUUGAAAAUCAAUAAUUUUUCCAAAGGUUUAUGAUUACAAGCUUUUCAUAUGAUUUUGAUAUAAUUUGGUUCAUAAUUCACUUACAUAUUGUGCGUUUCACAAGCUUGUUUUGGCAACGAUCCAGUUAUAUGUCUAUAAGAUUAUUUUUGAACCGGGGUUUGUAUUGUGUGGCCGUGAAAGGGUUUGGGAAGUCAAAACCUCUUGUAAUAAAAACAUUUAUUAAUCGUGAAUUUCGAAAACUGUUUGGAAAUAUGAAAUUCGCAAAACUAUCUCAAACUGAAGACUUAAUGCCGACGCUAGGGUUGGGGACUUGGCAGGCAUCCCCGGAUGUGAUCGAGUCCAUUGUGUACAAGGCGUUAGACUUAGGUUACCGUCACAUUGACACCGCAUUUAACUACAACAAUGAAGACGCUAUUGGCAAAGCUAUUAAGAAAUGGACGGAAGACGGAAAGGGGAGCAGGCAAGAUUUAUUUAUUACAACAAAGCUACCCCACGUCGGAAACAGGGCCUCGGAUGUUAAGAAUUUCUUAGAGCUACAGCUGAGUCGGCUGCAGAUGGAGUACGUGGACUUGUACCUGAUUCAUGUGCCGUUCGCGUUCUAUUGCGACGCGGAGACUUUGACGCCAAUCGUCAACCACACCGGGGAGUAUCAGCUGGAUAUUGAAACUGAUCACGUGAGCACAUGGAAGGUAAUGGAAGAUUGUCAGAAAAAAGGGCUUGCAAGAAACCUAGGUCUGUCCAACUUCAACGAGAGCCAAAUAUCGAGAAUAAUAAAGCACGCUUCUUUCAAGCCUCAAGUUCUGCAAGUGGAGCUGCACGCUUACUUUCAGCAGACCGCUCUGAGGAGGUUCUGCGAUGAGAACGAUAUUGUGGUGACUGCGUACGCGCCGCUUGGCAGCCCCGGCGCGAAGGACCAUUUCGUUAGCAAAUAUAACUAUAGCCCUGAUAAGUUUCCGGACCUGCUCGGACUCCCUGUAGUUAAAGAGAUCGCUGAUAAGCACGGCAAGACGCCGGCACAAGUACUGCUGAGGUUUCUCGUGCAGCAGAAGAUCGUCGUCAUUCCAAAGAGCACGACUGAGAACCGUAUCAAGGAAAACGCAAAUAUAUAUGACUUCGAACUGACUACAACAGAGAUUAAUUGUUUGAGUGAGCUGGACAAACAGGAGGAGGGGCGCAUCUUCAACUUUCUGUUCUGGAAGGGAGUUGAGAAACAUCCGGAAUAUCCGUUCAAGCUUCCCGAACUCAGAACCGCUCAGAAUUAGACUGCUCAAUGUUUUACUACUUGGUACUAUAAGCUUUAGCACAAAGUUGUAGUUUUUUAGGGUUUCGUACCGUUUCAUCAAACCCAUACGUGUGGGGUAUGGAUAGGUCUUCAAAAAUGAUAUGAUAAUAAAGUUUCUCAUAUCAUUUCUUUCUAAGCUGAAUAGUUUGCGAGAGACAGUUCCAAAGUGGUAAAAUGUGUGUUCUAUAAUAAGAGAAUGAUAAAACUAAAAAUUCUUAAAUCGUAUUAUCAAUAACCUAAUUGAAAAUAAAUUCACUGUUAUUAAAACAUCGAUCAAAGUUACAACGAACUGCAAGAACUUUUAUAAAUCUGUUAUUUGCUGCUACGGAACCCUACAUCGGCGAGUCCGACUCGCACUUGGCCGCUUUUUUAUAUUAGAAAACAGUGCUAUUCUUUUAAAAUGGAAAUAAGCUAGAUUACUUAGCUAAUGUAAUGUGGCCUAGUCAAUGUAAAAAUGGUAGGUAUAUUAUGAUACAAGUGAAAUAAAUCGCUCAUUAUAACUACACGAGGCUGUGGGUUUGCAUCUAUCGUAAAUUAGCCGAGUUUCUAGUGAGUUAUUUGCCCACGAGUUACAUACGCAUUUUUUCAACAUACUUGCGAGGAAAAACAAACAUGUAUCUACCUAUUGCAUAAAUCCAACAAAUGUUAGGUAUACAAACAAAAUGUGAGAAAUGGCGCGAAAGUUUUUUUUCACGUGCCAAAUCUAAGAUGAUUGAUUACAUACAGCCAUUAAGCCUAUUUCAAAAUUAUAAUUUUAGUGAUAAAAUGCAUAUAUUAUUUUAUAUGUAUAUAACAAUGUAAUAAGGCUCACUUUACGAGCAAGUGUGUUGAAAAUAAUGUAAAAUAGCGGCUUGUAGAUACUUAUUUCGUCUGUAAUUACAAUAUUCGAUCAUCCUAUGGUGUCAUUAAAUUACUACCUACAGUUUUUCACCCAGUGUGAGUACCUACCUAUCUAAAGAUAGGAAUAAGGUGUGACUGAGAAAGAAUGAUAAAUGACGCGAAAACAUAAUAACAAGGUACUUAUUUAUUUAUUCACUGUUCCAUUGAUAUAAUAUAUAAUUUUAUUUAUAUUAUAUACCAACUUGAACUUUGGUUCCUAUCCAGCCCGUUCCAUCACUUACCUAUUUAACUCUCCCCGUGAUGGAUCACGUUUAUCCUUCGAUCGAUGGAGUCUCGGGGACAAUUCAUAAUAUUUAGAUUUAAAUUUCGCAAAGGUAUCAUGUCUCAUAGUAGUUUUUUCUUUAAUAAAUUCAUCAUUCCUCAGGAGUGAAUGUUGACUCGCCAAAUACUGGCACCAUAAGGUGCUAGUAUAGUAUAUAUACAGUAUAGUUCGGCGUAAGUAUAAACUUACGCCGAACACGUGUAAAUAAAGGGCGACCAUUCUCUGAUACCACAUUAAGAGCACAAAUCUAUACUACCUCAGUAGCCAUUCGCAAAUGUUUACAGUAACCAGUGAGAAUUUUGGACCCUGGGCCCUUUCACCUCAGUUGGUUGACUGACUUGUUUGUAUGGCACACUAUUUCUUUCCCUCGAUAUAAACUUUGUUCAUUUCCGUAUUUAUCACCAUUGACUACCCUAAGGGCUUAAAAGUGUAGAUUGCACGACUGUUUCACAAAGUUAAAAUUAUUGUCCCAGCGUACGUUUUGUUAGAUGAGCUUGAAGUAGGUACGUAUUCGAAACGGUUUCAGUGGAAACAAUUAUUUAUUCAUAGUAAUUGUACUUAGCUUUAUAAUAUUUAAUUCCUAGCAAUGUAAUGCAACUGAUGUGAUUUUAUUGUAGUGCUAUGAGCAAAAUUAUGUUCUUGUGUUAAACAUGAAUACUUCGAAGAAGAUUGUUUUGGUUUCUUACAAUAAAGUAACUUAUUACUUA